AUGAUCAAGAGAUUGUUAAUUAAGGCAUCCAACAGCUAUGAUGCAGAUUACCAAGUAGUUCCCAUCAAUACUCGGAAACCCAUUGAUAUCGAUUCAGAUAUCGGUGUAUUUAGCUUGAUAGUGAAUGUGAGGAACUUUGAUGGAUGCAAUGAGCAUCGCCUGAAUAGUACUUAUAAUGUUGGGGACGAAAAGUUCUUGGAUGGAAGUCCUGUUGAAGAUCCAGCUAAGGAAGAUCCUCUGUACAAGGCCAAUUUGCGGUUGGAGGUGAGUUUUAAGCCGAAACGCCAGAUCAAAGGGUCUGAAUUGCUUUUUGGUAAUGACUUCACUGUACCCAUCAAGUCUUAUGUACCCACAAGCCUUUUGUCUACUGGGUUGAAGUUUUUUACGUAUUUUAUAAAUAAAACUAUCAAGGGAGAAAUCUACGGCGAUAAGCCAUAUCUCUAUGGGCUUGCGUUGAAUAGUUUCACGUAUAUGUCGCUCAACCACGAGAAGAAGGAACCCAUUACCCUGGGUGUCAAGGGGUCUGAAAAUGAAGAGGCAAAAGCAUCCACGGGGGACGACAACUGCAACAGUGACUGUAAAGAAAACCUUAACUCAAAUGAAGACAACACUUUAAAGAUCCCAUCUGAACCGGCACAGAGAAAGCGCUUUUUUAACAACGUCAAUCACUGCGAGAGUUUUGUAUUCAACGACACCACAAACUACGUGUUGCAGUUCGAUACCACGUAUCUUAAAAUGGCUGAUUCCAAGUACUCAGUUUCAAUCCCUACUUUUGGCAAUAGAUCUUUCGAUAUAGAUGUUUCCAACUACGCUAACGAUGAACUCAACAAUUUUAAUUGGGUCAUUAAGCAGGGAGGCUAUGAGGGGGUUGGACACGGCACACUAGGCUUGGUAGUCAAUUUUGCGUUAGUCAAUGAAGACUAA